UAUGUGUCGCAUCGAUCCGUGGCAUCUCGGACGUUUGGAAAUCCAUCCAAAUUUUUUAUUAUCUUUUUUUUUAAAAAUAUUUUCAGAUCACGAUUUUACGAAUUAGCGUAAUGACGGCAUAGGUGUGUUUUUUCCUGAUCACGGUAUGCUACUAUGUUUGAAAACCCGUGUUGAUAAUCUUAAGGGUUGUGGUGGAAUACAUCUUACAAUUUCCAUAUUGUAUUUUUUUUCCCUUACGUGGAAUGGAAACGCAAUCAGGGUUCACCUUAAGUGAACGCAUGCGUGUUGUUGCCGCGACGCCACCGAUAUGCGGGAUCGUUUACGUACCUAUUCUUUUGGGGAUACGAAAUUCGGCGCAACAGGGCGAUUGAAGAUUGCCGUGUUUGAGGUCCCGCUGGUUGGACACUGGUCUGCUGCACUCUGGUCCAUUGCUGUCGUCAACAAUGUUUCGUGCCACCACAGCGUCCCUGUGCACCUACUGUCAAAGAAUGAGGGCCAUCAUCCCCCCCAUGGCUCUGUCGUUCUCUACAUGCACAGCUCCAGAUAAACAAACUGAGAACCAGCACACAGUGGACUCUCUUUAUGAGCUGUCAGUGGACAUCCGAAAGGUGCGCAAACUCAAGGGCUGGGUGCUGUCAGAGAGAACUGCCUAUGUGGCAGAAACAGCUGACCUGUUAAAGGACCUGGGCGCAGACACCGCAUCCAUUACUCGUGUCCUGGAGUCUCACCCCGAGGCUGUCCUGUGUCGACCGGAGGACAUAGCCACCCAUCGGGACCUGUGGGUGUCUGUGUGCCCUGACAAGCGUGAGCUGAUGAGGAUCAUUGAGAAGUUCCCCGCUUCUUUCUUCACGCUCACCCACCACUCCAACCAGCGGGCCAACAUCCUGUACUUCCAGAGCCUGUGCCUCAACAAGCGGCUUAUCGGCAAGCUGAUGGCCAGCGCUCCGCAGAGCUUCUGCCGACCCGUGGAGCGCAACCAGGAGGUCAUCCACACGCUGAGGGAGACCUACUUGGACCUGGGCGGAGAUGAGGGCAACCUGCGCAUCUGGCUCCAAAAGCUCUUCAGCCAGAACCCUUAUGUCCUGAUGCGACCUGCCGAGGCCUGGAGGGACAGCCUGGGCUUCCUGAGGGAACAGGGCUUCUCGACAAAGGAGCUCUUAAAUCUCGUCUCCAGCCUCAGAGCCUCUAUUGCAGAGCUGCAGCCAGAGGCCAUGCGCCAGGCACUGGACUACAUUGAGGGGGCUCUCAUAUGCUCUAAGGAGGAAGUCAAGGAGAUAGCAAUCUGUUGUCCCGCGGUACUGUAUUACUCUCUGCCCACCCUGGCGGGACGGUUCCAGGGGCUGAUGGACAUUGGGGUGAGCAUGGAGCAGGUGAAGGAAUGCCCCACCGUCUUGGAGCUCACCACGGCCAUUGUGCUGUACCGCGUCCAGAAGCUGGCGUCCUACGGGUACGAUGUGCGCUGUGGCAGCCUGGACGUAAUCACGGGAACCAAGAAGGACUUUGAGUUAAGCUACGGGAAGCUGAAUCUGAGGCAGUUGCGGCCGCUCUUCAACCCUGUCGCUCCUCUCAGGUCUUCCGAGGAGUGAACAUCAGCAACUUGACUGAUGUUAAUAUGCAAUAGUAGGGAAGCUUGUGGGGAAAAUAGAAGCGUCAGGAGAUUUAUUGUGUGGCUGUUGAUCGGAUUGGGUAGACAACCCAGGACUUUGUGUCAAAACUGAAGUUUGGAGACAAAUUGGAAAUUGCUGCCAAAGUUCCACCAUUUGUUUACAUACGUGGGAAUUUUCAGGAUUGUUUGACUGUUAACAUGAGCUAUUUUGCAGGGAAAACUAAGGGCUUCCAAAAAGACAAAUGUAUAUGGAAAUCAUUGCCAUUCCUGUACAUUGUCCACAACCUACUGUAACUAAAGACUGAUAUACAAGGAUUAAAUGUGUGGGAAAAAUAAAU